AUGAGCGUCAAAGAAACCGUCAAGGAGAGAUUGGUCGGCAGCACAGAGGAACCUCAGCUGUCGCACCAAGCCCGAUCCAAUUUCCUGCGUCAUGCACAGAAGGAUGAAAAUGGGGAGCCAUUCAUGACUGAAGAAGACUUCAUCAAUGCUGUUGCCCCCAAACAGGAAGACUACCACAAGAUCAAGCGCGAUCAGUACGGUAUCCUGUUCCAGGUCGCAGACCGACGCCGACACGGCAAGCUCUCCCUGUCCGACUGGGCUACCUUCGAGAACCUCCUUACCAGACCUGAUGCCGAAUACGAGAUCGCUUUCCGUUUAUUUGACCUCGAUGGAUCUGGCACUGUCAAGUUCGAUACCGUCCAGGGCCUUUACAACCUCACCAAGACCGCCGAGAGCAUUCCCUUUGAUUGGAACUCUGAAUGGGCUUCGCUGUAUACCGGUCGCACCAAGACGCGCCAUGACAUGAACUACCACCAGUUCUCCCAAAUGUUGCGCGGACUUCAGGGCGAGCGCAUUCGCCAAGCCUUCCACAUUUUUGACAAGGAUGGAGAUGGCUACAUCGAGCCCGAAGACUUCCAGCGCAUCAUUCUCGAGACCUCAAAGCACAAGUUGUCCGAUCAUGUGCUUGAACACCUGCCUUCCCUCUGCAACAUCUCCACCGGCACCAAGAUCUCCUACGCUACCGUCCGUGCCUUCCAGAACGUGAUGCGCGAGAUGGAUAUGAUCGACAUGGUGGUCCGAGAGGCUACCAAGAAGAGUACCGACGGCAGAAUCUCUCGCGCUGAUUUCCUCAAUGAGGCCGCUCGCGUCACCCGUUUCUCCCUUUUCACCCCCAUGGAGGCUGAUAUUCUGUUCCAUUUCGCUGGCUUGGAUGCGCCCUCUGGGCGCCUUGCCCAAAAGGAUUUCGCCAAGGUGAUUGAUGCAUCAUGGCGCCUUCCCAUGGCGGUUGCCGGUCAAGCUGUCGGGGCUGCGGCCGAGAAGACCACAUCUUUCCUCCACAGCAUGUUGGAAUCAGCACACCACUUCGCUCUUGGCAGCAUUGCUGGUGCCUUUGGUGCUUUCAUGGUGUACCCCAUCGAUCUGGUCAAGACCCGUCUGCAGAACCAGCGAUCCACUCGCCCCGGUGAGCGUCUUUACAAUAACUCCCUGGACUGCUUUAGAAAGGUUAUCCGCAACGAGGGUUUCACCGGUCUGUACUCUGGUGUCAUCCCACAGCUGAUUGGUGUGGCACCGGAGAAGGCCAUCAAACUUACUGUCAACGACUUGGUCCGUGGUGCCCUUGCCGACAAGGACACCGGUAAGCUUUGGACUCCCCAUGAGGUUCUGGCCGGUGGUACUGCUGGUGCUUGUCAAGUGGUUUUCACAAACCCUUUGGAAAUUGUUAAGAUUCGCCUGCAGGUGCAGGGUGAGGUUGCUAAGAACGUUGAGGGUGUUCCUCGCCGAUCAGCUCUAUGGAUCGUGAAGAACCUGGGUCUGAUGGGAUUGUACAAGGGAGCCAGCGCCUGUCUCCUCCGUGAUGUCCCAUUCUCGGCCAUCUACUUCCCCACAUACGCACACUUGAAGUCUGACAUGUUCGGCGAAACUGCCACCAACAAACUUGGCGUGAUCCAGCUCCUGACUGCCGGUGCUAUUGCUGGUAUGCCUGCUGCUUACCUGACCACUCCUUGCGAUGUGAUCAAGACUCGUUUGCAAGUGGAGGCUCGCAAGGGCGAGACCAAGUAUACCAGUCUGCGUCACUGCGCCACAACGGUGUGGAAGGAGGAGGGCCUAAAGGCCUUCUUCAAGGGUGGUCCCGCUCGUAUCAUGCGUUCAUCGCCUCAAUUCGGUUUCACCCUCGCCGCUUAUGAGGUUCUGCAGAAGAACUUCCCCCUGCCUGGCUCCCAUGAGGAGGAGGGUCCCACUGGAACUGUGGAACCCGGCGUCGGAAUGCCUGGUGCUAAGGCGCCUCUUCCCUACCUCCGAUCAAGGAACGCUCUGAAGCUUAUCCUUGACUUGGAACCGAACAUUGGCCGUGUGCAGAUCCCUCAUCCUGAGAAUUGGCCCAAGUUCCUCCAGGGCUCCAAGUAG